AUGGCCUCUGGCUUCAUCGCACCACGGGCCCAGUUUAGCCACUCCAACGUUAGAUUCAACUCCUCCAGCAGUGCUGCCGAGGUUGCCUCUGAGAUUCAAAAGCAGCUGCCGUCGUUUGACUCCGUUACUGAUUCUGUGUCACAGGCCUCGCAAGCCAUUGGCGAGGCAUCAAUGCAGUGGGGGUACUUACAAUCUGUUGGACUUGCCAAAUCUUGGUGGUGGCCUCCAGAUUUGAUUCAACACCUGAUGGAGAUUGUGCACGUGUCCACUGGAUUGCCAUGGUGGGCUACAAUCACCGUUGUUACGCUCGGUGUUCGUUUUGCCUUGUUCCCACUCUACGUGAAGUCCUCUGACAUGAUGGCUAAGAAUGCAAAGAUCAAGCCUGAGCUGGACGAACUACAGGCCAAGAUGAUGGCUUCCGUGGAGAUGUCUGAGACCCAGACCAUCAUGCUUAAACGUAAGAAGUUGCUUGCUGCCAAUGGUAUCAAGAACCGUUACCUCAUGGCCCCAAUGCUUCAGAUUCCAUUGGCCAUUGGGUUCUUUUCCGGCUUACGUUCAAUGGCAAACAUCCCGGUUGAUGGUUUCCAAAACCAAGGUAUCCUUUGGUUCCAAGAUUUGACUGCAACUGACCCUUACCUCGGAUUGCAAUGUUUAUCUGCUGCGGUGAUUAUGGGGUUCAUGAGACUCGGUGGUGAGACUGGUGCUCAGAACUUCUCUCCAGCCAUGAUGAAGGUGUUCACAAUCUUACCACUCAUCUCCAUCCCGGCUACGAUGUCAUUCUCCUCAGGCGUUGUCCUCUACUUCUUCGUCAACGGUUUGUUCUCUGUGUUGCAGAGUUUUGUUCUGAAGCAAAAGUCGUUCAGAAAGGCACUGGGACUUUCAGAAAUUGUUCCACCACCUCCAGUAGAUCCAAGCAAACCACAAGAGGGUAUUAUGGAUGCCUUCAGAAAGAACAUGGAAAGAGCAAGAGAGCAAGCAGAGAAGAGAGCAGAGUCAAAGGCAAGGGAGGAUGAGCAAAAGGAGCUCGCUCAAAAGCAAAGACAAAACAACCAUAUCAAGAUUGUUAGAAAAUCUCAAAUGAAGAAGAAAGAUUAA